GUGUAAAGGUUGUCAGAUAAAUAUGUAAAUGAGUUUUAAAAAGCGUCGCCUCUGCUGUCAUUCGAUUCAGAGAUGUGGCUGAAACAUUUUCAAUAACACAAAAUUUGCCGUGCUCGUUCACCGAACAGUCCAAGUACACAAACUAGGAGCAACUGCAAAGGAAACGGACCCAAAAAAAAAGACAAGCUGAAGAAGCAGAAUAUCAGUAGAUCACUAGAUCAGGAGAAGAGGCAAGAUCUCAGAAAUAGGUGCAACAUUAGGUGCAACAAAGAAAUAGAGUCAAAGGAAGAGCAUCAAUUGAAGAGUAUCUCAAAGAAACGAGCCGUAGAAUCUAUUAAAGGUUGAUCCGACUCCCAAGAUGCUGUUCAUGGAUGCUCUAUUCAAUAGUCUGUUGGUUGUUAGCUCCGGCUAUGCGAUGUAUACGUUGCAUCCGUUGCAAACACCCUACGGUUAUGCGGCAGCCGCAUUGAGUCUUGUUCAUGGUCUGGUGGGCGUGGUCAGGGCGGCGCACAAUGAUGGUGAUGAAUGCAAUCGUUUGAGACAGAUCACGACGGGUAUUAUGGAGCUGGUACCGUUGCCAUUGACCAACAUUGAAUUGUAUCUGAAAUCAUCGAAUCCACAUUUGGCCAUGGCCCAUGCUUGUUUCCUGGUACCGCUCGCCUUCGAUGUGGUCGCCAUUUGGCGUGACGUUGAGGAUAAUUCAACGGAGACGCUCAAGGAUUUGACACUGCUCGGAAAUGUUGUGUCCUUGCUAUUCCUGGGCGUUAACCAAUCGAAGAACGUCUACGGCGGAAUGGCAGCGAUUGCAUUCGGUGCACGUUACGGCGCCGUUAUGUUCGAUUAUUAUUGGGAGGGUCUGGGCAGCCACAUAAAUCUAUUGGCCGAUUCGGCCUUCAUCAUGCUGAUGGCCAUGACGUUAACAAACAAAUAGAUCAAAAUUUCACAAUACAAAGUUCCCAAAAAAAAAACACGAAAAUUUAUUUGCCAUUGCUAUCGUUAUCGUUAUCGACAGCAGACGAUGCCGUCGAUCUUUCGUCGCCGUCUUCUCAUAUUUUUAAGGCGAUUCUUUCUCAAGGCUAACGACGUUCGGUUCAUUGGCUCAACAAUGGCUCAAGCGGCGGCUCAAUAAACUUGCAAUUAAUGUUGGCAAAUUAAAAUGCAAAAAUACACAUUAAUUGUUUUGUCAAAAAAA